UUAUUCGUUCUAUAUCCGGGCGACGUUGCUGUAUACCGGCACAGGGCGCUGCUAAAGUUCCGUACUGAGGGUAUAUUCGCGCUUCUGAGUUAUUUCUAUCAUCCCAGAAUGACAGAAGAGGCCAUUGUGGAUCAAAUGAAAGAGCUAAAGGUUAAAGAGGGGAAGCAGGGCAAGGCAGCAGACAGUGCUGGGAAAGAUGGAGGAAAGAAAAAGAGCAAAGCAGCUGGAGACGCAGGGUGCAGAGCCGAGUUGAAUCCUCAACCUCAAUACAUAGAAGAUCGCCUGGUCCUGUACAAGAAGCUAAAGGCUGAACACGAUGCUCUGUUGGUCGAGAGAGCUGAGAAGGAAAGCAAGCCCAUCAAGAUCACCCUGCCUGAUGGUAAAGUGGUAGACGGCGAGUCCUGGAAGACCACACCGUACCAGGUGGCCGCUGGCAUUAGCCAAGGCCUUGCUGAUAACACUGUGAUUGCCAAAGUGAACAAUGACGUAUGGGACCUUGACAGACCACUGGAGGGAGACUGCAGUUUGCAGCUUCUCAAGUUUGACGAUGAGGAAGCACAAGCAGUCUAUUGGCACUCCAGCGCUCACAUUAUGGGUGAGGCCAUGGAGAAAGUGUACGGAGGCUGCCUGUGCUAUGGACCUCCUAUUGAGAAUGGCUUCUACUAUGACAUGUACCUGGAUAAUGAAGGCGUAUCAAGUAAUGACUUCCCCUGUCUUGAGAACCUGUGUAAAAAGAUUAUCAAGGAGAAGCAGCCUUUUGAGCGGUUAGAAGUAAAAAAGGAGACUCUUCUGGAAAUGUUCAAGUACAACAAAUUUAAGUGCAGGAUCCUGAAUGAGAAGGUUACCACCCCAACAACUACAGUCUACAGGUGUGGGCCAUUGAUUGACCUAUGUAGAGGACCACAUGUUAGACACACUGGGAAGAUCAAAGCCUUGAAGAUCCAUAAGAAUUCCUCCACAUACUGGGAAGGCAAAGCUGACAUGGAGACCUUGCAGCGCAUUUACGGCAUCUCCUUCCCUGACCCUAAGAUGCUGAAGGAGUGGGAGAAAUUUCAAGAAGAAGCCAAGAACCGAGAUCACCGUAAACUGGGACGGGAACAGGAUUUGUUUUUCUUCCAUGAUCUCAGCCCCGGUAGCUGCUUUUUCCUCCCAAAGGGGGCGUACAUCUACAACACACUGGUGGAGUUUAUAAGGAGUGAAUACAGGAAGAGGGGCUUCCAGGAAGUGGUCACUCCAAACAUCUACAACAGCAAACUGUGGCAGACCUCCGGCCACUGGCAACACUACAGCGAGAACAUGUUCUCCUUCGAGGUGGAGAAGGAGAUCUUCGCCCUUAAACCCAUGAACUGUCCUGGACACUGUCUGAUGUUUGAUCACCGGCCUCGCUCCUGGAGGGAACUGCCUUUGCGUCUGGCUGAUUUUGGUGUGCUUCACCGUAACGAGCUCUCCGGAGCUCUCACCGGUCUCACCCGUGUUCGUCGCUUCCAGCAGGACGACGCGCACAUCUUCUGUGCUAUGGACCAGAUUGAGUCAGAGAUUAAAGGCUGUCUGGAGUUCCUGCGCGCAGUGUAUGAUGUAUUCGGCUUCACCUUUAAACUGAACCUCUCCACCAGACCAGAAAAGUUCCUCGGGGAGCCAGAAGUGUGGGAUCAAGCUGAGAAGCAAUUAGAGAACAGUCUGAAUGAGUUCGGCGAGAAGUGGGUAUUAAACCCCGGAGAUGGUGCCUUCUAUGGACCAAAGAUUGACAUUCAGAUCAAGGAUGCUAUUGGAAGAUACCACCAAUGUGCCACCAUUCAGCUGGACUUCCAGCUCCCCAUCCGCUUUAACCUAACCUUCGUCAGCCAUGAUGGAGAUGACAAGAAGAGACCAGUGAUUAUUCACAGAGCCAUUUUGGGCUCAGUUGAGAGGAUGAUUGCCAUCCUGACUGAAAACUAUGGUGGAAAAUGGCCUUUGUGGCUUUCCCCGCGUCAGGUCAUGGUUGUGCCUGUUGGACCCACUUGUGAGGAUUAUGCACAAAGGGUGCAAAAAGAGUUUCACAGCACAGGCCUGAUGACAGACGUAGACCUGGAUCCGGGCUGCACUCUGAAUAAGAAGAUCAGAAACGCACAGUUGGCUCAGUACAACUUCAUUUUAGUGGUGGGAGAGAAGGAAAAGAGCAGCGACACGGUGAAUGUGCGAACAAGAGAUAACAAGGUCCACGGGGAGAGAAGUCUGACCGACUGCAUGGAGCGCUUGAAACAACUGAAGGCAUCGAGAACCCGCAACGCCGAAGAGGAGUUUUAAUCUUCUAAAAAUCCACACCAUGCUGAUCUGAUAAGAUGUUUUGCAUCUCAGGGACAGGCAAAUAAUAAAUGCUCUGCCUCUAGGCAGAAUACUCCUAUUAAAGUAAACACAGACCACAUUUUUGCUGUAUUGCUCCAAGAUCUGUCGUCAGGACCAGAUGUUUAUAAAAAUGGGUUGUCACACCCUAAAACCAUUAAUUGUCCUGACUGCUGGCACUUCUCAUGAGCUCAUUGACAUUCAUGGAUUUCAUACAGUAGUAAUAAAAAGCAAUAAUGUGUCUAUAAAAUCUUAAAGUAUAAAGUAAAUUUAGUUUAAAUGAACAUGGCUACAGAAUAAUGGCUACACUUUCACUUUCAUUUCCAUAAUUUUUUUCCCGAAAGAGUCAAAGGUGACACUUUUUUUUUCUUUUUUUUUUAUGUCCUGUGUAGACAGCGGUAUGUGUAAUCAGUCUGGAUUUGUGUCAAAUUUCUCAAACCUGUGGGGGGAUUUCAGUUGAUCAAGUUAGCCUUUUUUCAUGGUGGCAUAUUUUCCUCUCUUUUUAUAAGCUGUAAGAUGUCUGUCUUAUAAAUCAGGGAAUGUCUGGAAAAUUAAAUCAAUCUUAUACUGUA